GAGUAUCUUGUUGAAAGCAGAGAUAUUCAGCAAUCUUAGCGUUUUGUGGCUCCGGCGUUAACCAGCAAGGCCCCGGCUUCCUUCCUCGAUCAGGCGGUUCUGUUCCAACAUGAAGAAGGCCGGCGUCUUCUUGGUGACCUCCAUCGCCGCCGCGUCCUCAUUCAUUUCCUCCUCCUUAAGUCAUGACUGCUUGGCCGGAUCUCCCUUUGAUAGCGAGGUUUCAUCUGAGAAUGCGAAGGCGACAGUAUCUGGAUCGGCGAGAGGCGGAGAGAGUAAAAAGUUUGCUCCCAGAUUUGAUGGGUUGAAAUUCAUCGAAACUCUGGUUACGGCGCACAGGUGAUGGCCGAUCUGGCGGUGAUUUUCGAGAUGAUAUGCUCUGAGAGUUUGAUUGAUUUUGCAUUUUUUUGUUUUACUGUUUCUAGUUUCUGAUUGAUCUUUUGACGAUUGCUGUUUCAAGGUUUGCGUUUGCGAACUACAAGUUUUGUUAGGUUCUAAAAGGGAAUGUUCUGAUAUUGAUUAGAAUUGGAGUUGCUGAAUCUAUUUCUCGUUUUA